AUGGCGACGUGGCGUGCGGGUGACGUCCUGACUGCUUCUCGGGCGGGGUAUGCCGGGGUCACGUCGCGGCACGCGUCUUCGGGGAGCCCUACCAGAGCUGAAAUGGCACUGAAUCAAGACAAGAGCAGGCUCCAGCUUCGGAGACAUGGGAGCCCAGGGAAAGAGAGAUCUUUCAAGUUCAGUGACUGUGCAGUCUCAGAGAACAGUCCCACCAAUGCAUACUCGCCUCGAAGCUCUGCCGUGGUGCCAGGAUUCUCGCGCGGGUCCAGCCCUCUACGUGGACUGAGGGCGGGUGAACUCAUGUCUGCAGUCAGGGAGACAGAGCGGACGGAGUGGAGCCCUCAAAGCGAAGCUGAAAGUGAUAAGAAGCAAGAUGCUACAGCUGCCAUGGCUUGGCCAUUCCAACGCGGGCGAGGCGACUCUCUGGCGCAUGCGCCAUAUCGGACGUCGCAUUUUGCAACGCGCUCGUCAAGCCCUUUCCUACGAUCUAGGCGUGGGAGCCGCUUCAGCAUGAAUUCUGGCAGCCGUGGGGACGGGCAGAGCUUGUUUGUCCUGGCAGCCACAGCGGCGGCGGCAGCAGAGGAAGAGGCUGAGGUGGAUGUCCUGCGCCUGGGUGGCGUCGGCCGCGAUGGACACACUCGCCCACUUUCGCCAAGGGUGCGCGACAGUCACUGGCUUGAUGGGCUGUCUCCACGUCUCGCCGAGCGCGGGGGCUCACGGCUCUUCCCAACCCAUCUAGCGAUGCCUAGGGACCCUAGGGACCCUAGGGAUCGACCAAGCCCUUCUUCAAGCUCCAAACCCGGUGGAGCCUUCACGUCGCCAAGGGCACGGCAGAAGCCACCAGCCAGCCAGGAGCAGGAAACGGUGACAAGCAAGAGGAAGCCGGAGCCAAAGCCUAAGGCAUCUCAAGGCACGCGGACAAAGAAGGCAGAGGUGUCGCAAAAAAGGUCCGAGAAGUCCUCGGAAGCUGUGGGAGCUGUGGAAGCCCCUCAGCUCCCAGCUUGGGCGAAGCCCAUCGAAGCAAAGGAGAGUCAGGGUAGCCGAGAUGGCCGAGCUAGCCGAGAUAGACCAGACACAAAUUCGAGCUCCAAGCUGCAAGAGGUCCAAGCGUUGAGGCAGCGCCUGGAGACAAGGCUCAAAGCAGCAGAACAAGGCUUAGAGCAAAUGCAAGGCACGUAA